AUGUCUUUAGGAACGCUUUACGGUAAGCCGGCCACCCGUACCAUUGCCCCAGUUGGUUUGGUCAAGGCUCUGGGUCUUGAUGUCAAGAUCAUUGACACUCCAUAUGAAAACGACGUUGACUUCCCAUUGAAGAAGUACCCAGGUUUCAUCACUUCCAAGAACGUGAAACUUUUCGAGGUUACCGCGAUUGUCUACUACUUGAUCAAGUCUCACGAUGUCAACUCCCCAUUGCUCGGCAAGACCGACCUUGAGUUGGCUGAGAUCCUCAAGUGGAUCUCUUUGGCUAACACCGAGUUCAUGACCGCCUCCUGUGCCUCGUUCUUCCCAAGUGCCGGAAGAGCCCCAUACAACAAGAAGGUCGUGGAUGAAGGUAACGCUACAUUGGCUCUCAUUCUCUCCGUUCUAGAGACCAGACUUUCCGAGUUCACCUACUUGGUCGGCGAGAGAUUGACUAUUGCUGAUAUCAUCUUUGCCAGUUACUUCCUCAGACCAUUGGAGUACAUCUGGGACAAGGCUUUCAUUGCCAAGCACCCAGUCGUCUUCAGAUGGUGGAAGACCGUUGUGGCAACUCCAUUCUUGAACUGGAAGUUUGCCGACAUCAAGUUCCUUGAUGCUCCUGUCGAGCCACCAAAGGCCUCCAAGAAGGCUCCUAAGGCUGACAAGGCAUCUGCUCCUAAGGCUGCCAAGCCUGCUGCUGCUGCUGCUGCUGCCCCAGCUGCUGAGGCUCCAACCGAGCAGAAGAAGGCUCCACACCCAUUGGCCGCUUUGGGUAAGCCAACCAUUGAGCUUGACGAAUGGAAGAGACAUUACUCUAACGACGACACUAGACCUGUUGCUUUGCCAUACUUCUGGAAUGAAUUCUACAACCCAGCUGAGUGGUCUUUGUGGAAGGUUGGUUACAAGUACAACGAUGAGUUGACCUUGACCUUCAUGUCCAACAACCUGGUUGGUGGUUUCUUCGCCAGAUUGUCUGCUUCCACCAAGUUCCUGUUUGGUUGCAUGGUUGUCUACGGUGAGAACAACGCCAACGGAAUUGUCGGUGCUUUCUUGGUCAGAGGUCAAGAGUUUGCUCCAGCCUUUGACGUUGCCCCAGACUGGGAGUCUUACUCCUUCGAGAAGCUCGAUGGCUCCAAGGAGGAAGACAAGGCUUUCAUCAACAACAUGUGGGCCUGGGACGAGCCUGUUGUGGUUGAUGGUGUGAAGAAGGAGAUUGCCGACGGUAAGGUUUUCAAAUAA